CUUCGCGCGUACUCAGGGUGUCAUCCUCCAUCCUUCAGCAGGCCCGUGCAGCUGCAGCCAGCAUGUCAAACUCGGACAGGGUUGUGUUAGCUCUGGGAGGAGCGGGGACAGUGGGCUCUGGGAUAGUUAAAGCGCUGCUGGACAAAGGUUUCAGAGUUGCAGUGAUCUCCAGGGACAGCAGCCGGCUGGAGAGACUCCGAUCAUUCGUCUCUCCUACCACAAAGGAUAACCUUACCACUAUAGUGGGCAAUGUGGGGUCAGAGGAGGGAGCCGAGCAGGCAAAGCAGGCCCUGCUGAAGGCGGUGGGGAAGGUGACCGACGUCGUCUCCUCUCUGGGCUUCAGUUGGUGGCAGGGGGGACCCCCACACACCCAGUCUCUGAAAGACCUACACUGGGUCAUUGAGACAUUACUCUUCAGUACGUUUGUGUCAUGGAAGGCCUUCUUCCCCUUGGUGAGGGACGAUUCCAACUGCACCUACACCUUCAUAACAGGAGGAGCAGGUGAGAAGUUGCUGAUGCCUGGUACAGGCUUCCUGACGGUUGGUGCUGCCAGCACCCUGGCCUUCUGCCAGGUACUACGAGAGGAGUACCCUGAGAUGCCCUGCAAACUCAACCAGGUGAAGAUCAACACAGGUGUAGGCACUCCAGAGCGCAUGGCACCUGGUUACCUGAACCACCUGGACCUGGGUGAGGCUGUUGCCACCCUUGUGGAAAGACGAAACACCUCCCACACCGUCUUCACCGUCAACUGCCCUGCAGACUUAAAAACUGUCCUUCUGGAGAGGAACCUUUAGACUUGGAAAUCCUUCCUCCAGCCCUACCUUGUUGUCACAUGGACACAUCUAUGCUUCUUCUGCUCCUACUGUUACUGAACACUCCAGAAGCACAUUUAUAGUGUCUUUGGUUCAUUUGUUUUCUUCUCCCACAACUCUGAACCCCAUCCAUGCACAAUUUCAUGUGAACCGGCUGUUCAGCUGUUUCAACUAAUACUGUAUAUUCUGCUUCCUGAUUUCAGAUUAUUAGCUACUGUAUUCUCUGCAUGUGCUGUUGUGUGAUAGGUUUGUUAAAAAAAAAACACUGAGGAUUUGUUAUUCUCACUUUCUCAUUGUUGCCUGCGUCUGUACAAAUAUCAUACAGUUAUGUUCUGUCUUCCACAUCAUUGGAAGACAUGAUACCCAAUAUAACACAGCAAUUUGUGGAUCUGCUAAAUAUUAUUGGAAUAAGUCUAAACCUCUUAUGGCCAAACCACCGGACAGAGCAGCUGAAGAUUGAUUGCAGAGGGAGGGAUUUUUGACUGGAUAUAGCCAAGUUAGCUGAGAUCCCCAAUGACACUGUAACAACUGGUCAAAAAAUAGGAGGUUGUGUGGUUGUAGUUUAUCCAAUCCUGUAUCUACAAACCUGGACUUAAAGGUACCCUGUGGAACUAUGAAGUAACACCUUGAUGGAGGGAUGCCUGUUUUGUCCAUAUUAGCACACACAAGAGGACAGACAUGCAACAUUUAUGCUAUUCCACUGAUUGACAGUUCUUGGUGGUAAUUGGCAAAAAUUGUAGCAAUGUGCAAAAUGAGCAAAAAGCGAAGAAGAGGGUUGCCAGCCAGCAAACAUUCUGUAUGUAAAUAAUUCUGUUUUUUAAGACUUUGACAAAAAUUGACUUUGCAAGUGUGUAUUGAAGAGGAAAUGGCAUUGAACCUGUGGUUAGGCCUCAAGGAAGCACUGAACAUGUGUGUAACUCUGCUUACAAGACAACUCCAUAGGGUACCUUUAACGUCUUGAUCUAAAGUUUAAAUGUGCAACAUGGUUGAAGAGUGGAGGCAAUACAGCUCCUGCAUUUUUGAGACACAAGGAAUGUAGCUGUAGGGAAUUUAUAUGUUGAGUCCUUAAAAAGUUGAAGAUGUUGCGGAUGCAUUCUAGACUUGAGACAUUAAGGACCUGACAUAUUAGGAAACAGACAUUCACAACUGUCUCUGUUAGGGACAUUGAAAUGUUGUGGAAAUGAUGCAAGGUAAAAGCAGGGGAAGUGAAUUAAUUUCACGUCUUGUUACCCUUUUGGCUUUCAGUAUGCUUGAAACGAACAAAUUGGUACAUUGUGUCACCCGCCACAACUAAAGAGAAAAAUGUUUAUACCUGAUCUGAAAGGCAGCACUCAAAGGCAGAGCAAAAAGCCUGCCGUCAUAUUCUCCACUAGCUGCAUCCCACUGCCUGCACGACCUUUGUGUUGCUGCACUGGGUUGUGCACAUAAAACGUGACAGUAGCUGAAGAAAGAAUGAAAAAAGAGCUUUAGAGAAAAGUUCAAAUCCUGCAUUAUUUGUCACUCCCGCACACCAUUUCAAACAAUCUGACAAGCACUUUGUUGAAGCAUCCUGCUUUUUUAAGGCAUGGGUAUGCUUGAAAUUAGAAAAGAACAAGUUCAUACAACAUGUCGAAAUAGAUGCGUGAAGAAUUAUAAAAGACAGUUCAGCUCAUCGCACACCUGGCCAACCACUGUGUAAAGUGGCUGUGAUUAAGACUGUCAGUUUGGAGAAGUUAUAAAAAUUGUUGAACGCAGCUCCUAAAAUUAUAAUGUCAGAUAGUUAGACAGUUAGACAAUCCAACAAGCACUUUGCUUGAAGCAUACCUCCCCCUCAUGGAUGGAGACCAUGGCUCUGAAUAGUAAGUCUCAUUGGCAUGGUAUGAUUAUGAAAAUGUCAGACCCUGACUGAUUAUGGCUGAUAUGGAUACAGUUACCCAGCAUGGCUUGGCCCAUUUUUUGCUUACAAAUAAACAAUAAACAAGAUAUGUUCUA